CACACACACACACACCCCACUUUAUUUUUAAAUAGUGCAAUAAAGACUUGAAGUGCCCCUUUGUGGAAAUCAGGACCUCUUGCUACAUAAAACCCCUCUAGAUGUGGAGCGGGGUUCUUAGGGAUUCAGAUUUUACAGAUGGAGGGGCUGAUGCCCAGAGGAGUUAAAUGGCUCAGCCAAGGUUACUCAGUGCUCUGGUGGGAGAUAAGACUUCUAUCUUUUAGGCCAGUAUUUUUCCCGCUGGACUAAGGACUCAAGAAUGUACAGACUCUAGGGUUUAGUACAACCAUCUAUAUGAAAUGCAAAAUGUUUUAGCCAAUAAUAAGAUAAACAAAAUUAAUUUUCUGACUUAGGGACAUAAUUUCUAGGUGGUCACCAGCAUUUCAUAGUGAUUUGACCAGGAAUUUAAUCUGACGAAUGCCAUGUACUGUCAUGGGGAGCAAGACAGGCACUACCCUGCAGCUGUUCACAACUUGGUAGAUAGGCGGAUGUGCAAUCAAAUAGUGAAAAUACGUUCUGUUAAGACUGCCAGCACGGGCAUGUACAAAGACCUAGUGUGUAAGAGGAAUGUGUAGAGCGGUGGUUCUCAACUGGGGGCAAUUUUGCACUCCAAAAGACAUUUGUCAAUGUCUGAAGACAUUUUGAUGGUCACAGUGGAUGCCACCAGCCAGAAGAACAGGAGGGGGGACAGAAGGGGAGAAUUUCUCGGGGCACGAGUUCAAGGGAGUGUGCCAGAUGAGGCAUGGGAUGACACUCCGAGGCGCCACAGAUAUGGAAGAUGCCUGACUCAGGCAGCCGGACAAGAGGGGGUGAGGCGUUUCUGUUGACGCAUGGCAGCUACUGAACGUCAAUUCAUCUUGAAAUUGGGGGAGGGGGGGCAACUUAAAGAUUCCCCCUGGAUGCUUGUCACCGUUGCUAAGCCCCUGACACUGGCAUCUAGUGGGGACAGGCCAGGAAUACCUACAGGGCACAGGACAGCCCUCCACAAAGAAUUACUUGGAACCAAAUGUCAGUAGGGCGGAGGUAGAGAAACUCUGGCGUAGAGAGACCCAAUCAUUUCUGCAGGGCCUGGGGGACGGGUAAAGCUUGAGGGGUGGUUAGGAAAGAGUUUACUUAAGAAAUAAUGAUGAUGGACUGGGGGAAAGGACUAUGGAAUGGGACAGAAGGACAAAUGUGCAAAGCCACUAAAGCAUGGUAUACGUGGGUAAUACCAAACACUGGGUGGGGGGGCAGGGGAGUUGUGAGAGGGCUGGACAGCCAGGCAGAAACUAGAUAUUCGAGAAAAUAUACUGAUUUUAAAGGAAUUGCUUCAGGAAAAGCCAUGUGGCUCCAUCAUGGCUCUUACAGGCCACUCAGAAAAAGCAUGGUCUAAGUACCUACCUCUAUGAGCUAAAACCGUUGAAGAAAGCUGUGAAAUGAGGCUUUUCUCAUCCUUCUUCCUUGCAGUCUGGAGUUUUCCAGGCCUUUAUUACUUCACAGACAUAGAGUCAGGGACUGUCUCCGUGGAAUGUGAGCUCGGUGAGGUGGAAUAGCUCUCUACUAAUAACGGCUGGUGUCUCAGUGCUGCCAUGGAAUCAUGAGCAAGGCCAAGUGGUUAUUUCCCAUGCAUUAAGCUUACAGGCCAGUGAUAACGUUCAUUCCCUUCUUCAUAGAGCAGCCUAGUCCAGUGCUGUGAACCUGUAAACCUUAAAAUCAGGCUGCCAUCUCAAAUACAGUGAGUUCUCUCCUCCCCACCUACACACAGAGAGGGUAGGCAGGUCGGCCAUCCAUUCAGGGUUUAUCUUUCUCUUAAGCAAGUGAUGACCAAAGCAACUGACAAACUGUCACGGAAUCUGCCAGAUCUCACUCUGGCCUUGCCCCAUCUCCCUGGCUCCCGAACUUUUCCUCCUAUGCCAUGCUCUCCUUGACACCUGGUCUACAACCAUCCUGGGCCUGUUGAGCUCUGAUCCAAGUGCCUGCCUCCGCCCCUGCUGGCCUGAUGACUGAGCUUCAUGGAUGUGAGUUACCCCUUUCUAACUCAGCAGGUUUUCUAGGCAUAGUGUGGAAAACCUGAUCACAGAGGGUGGUGCAGUAUGGAUUUUGGACCAUGAAAGGGAAUCCAGGGAAAUAGGUAACCUGUGAUAGCUCAUAGCUUCUACUCUCUCUCCAGGUCUAGGAAUAACUGAGAAUUUAGCCUAGAAAGGCUGGUAGGAAUGUGAUGAAAUCCACUACAAAAUUCUGAGAAAAAUUAAAUGCUAUACAAAAUUAAGUUUCCUUAUUAAAACAAUCACCUUAUUAGUUUUAGAUUGAAAAAUUAUUAUGUAUAACUUGGUUUGCUCCUUAUCCUAUCACAUUUGGUAUUUUAUAUUAAAAGCAGAGUUGAUUCUCACAGGAGACUUAAAAUUGAAUUCCUUCUUUUAAGAUCUCUUCAGAGCUAAAAUAAAGGGCAUUAUAUUCUUCUGAACUUAGUGUUUUCUAUACCAUCAGACAGACAAAAGAAAUGUUUAUUUACUACAGCAAAGCUGAAAAAAAGACACUAAAAUUCAUCAACAAGAAAUUUUGACACAUGUGCCCUGAUGUUCUGAGUUCUUAUCAUUUGCACUAGUUUCUACUUCCUGUAAAGUUUAAUUUAAGCACAUAUGUAGAAAAAGUUCAUUCAGGUUCUAAUCUCCUCUAUCACGGGACAGGUAGAUUUGCUCUUAUCCUUCUCUGUCCUUAGCUCUUGAAGCACACAGGGCUAUAAACAUAAUUUCUAGAGGAAAAUAUAAGUUCUGUUGCCUAUACCUACUACCAGGGCAGUGGGGGUUCAGUGGUAGAAUUCUCCCCCCCAUGCAGGAGACCCGGGUUCAAUUCCCAGCCAUUGCACCUCAAGCGCAGCCACCACCCACCGGUCAGUGAAAACUUGCACGUUGCUAUGACGCUGAAUAGGUUUCAGUGGAGCUUUCAUACUAAGACAGAACAGGUAGAAAGCCUGGCAAGCUAUUUCCAAAAAUCAGGCAGUGAAAACCCUGUGGCUCACAAUGGUCCGACCUACAGUAGGCCGUGGGCUGGCAGCGUCCCACUUCUUUGUGCGCGGCGCUGCCACGCGUCGGGCUGACACAACAGCAGCUAGCAACAACGAGACCUACUAUGCUCUUGCUCCUUUAAGGCCAAGUCAGCUAAAACAGACACCUUUCCAUAGCAGCGAAAAAAAUUGUGUGAUAAUGAAAAUAAUAAAAUUAGAAACAAAUGUGAUAAUGAGCUUUCUAUUAUUUCAAAUUCCUAAGCAGAGGCUGGAAAGGUUCUUCAACUCUGAGAAGCUACAAGGAGUCAAGAGUCUUUCCUUCUUAUGUGAAAACGGCAGCAUGUGGAAAGCAUGGAUGUGUCUGGUUCUUGCGUUUGAGCUGAUGGUUCGUAGCUUUCUGCUCUUAAGUUUAAGUGAUCGGAAAAUCUGUCCAACAAAGUCUUUAAAAAUUGCUUUGAGAAAUAAAGGCUACAAAGCAACAAAUAGACUCUCCUUAAAUAUUUUAUUAAGGAUCAUUUCAAAAAUUAAAAAUUCAAAGCUUCUCAGGAAAAAAACCUCAAAAACUGAGUAUUUCUCCUGCAAGACUCCAAGGACUUCUCUGCUCUACUCCAUAACUUUUCUGCUCUGUGAGCAGGUGCAGUGAGUGGAAGGAGGAAGAAGUGCUUUCUUAGGAGGAGAUCCCUGCCAGCCAGGGGCUUGCUUUAUAAAUGGUAAAUGUCAUCCCAGAAUUGAACUUUCUGCCAGGUUGGGUUUCUACCCCCUCUGCCUUAAGGUUAGACUUCUAAAAAUGGCUGGUAAAAAAAAAAAAAAAAAAAAAAAAACCAGUUGCGUGGAGUCGGUUCCAACUCAUAGUGACCCUAUGGGACAGAGCAGAACUGCCCCGCAGAGGUUCCAAGGAGUGCCUGGCGGAUCUCAACUGCCGACCCUUGGUUAGCAGCUAUUGCACUUAACCACUACGCCGCCAGAGUUUCCAAGGGGCUGGUAAAGUGGGUCUAAUUUCCUUAAAGAUUUCCAGGUAGAGAAAUUUCAGAAUCUCCUUCGGUCUCCAACUCUGUUAGCUCUCCCUGUAGAGUAGUGGGAAGCUGUUCUAGCUAUUUUGAUCCAUUUAAGAAAUUCAGUUCAUGAAACGUAUUGAUUGGCUCUCUGCUAACUCAGUUAUUAGGAGAAUGGGCUUUGCCGUCAGAUAAACAGUUCAAAACCAGGCUCCAGCACUUAAUAACUGUGUGACCCUGACAAAUUACUUCUUUCAGCCUCAGUUUCCUUAAAAAUGGAGUAAUAAUACCUAUCUCAUAGGGUCGUUAUGAGGAUUAAAUGAAAUAAUAUGUGCAAAGCAAUUUGCACAGUGAACGCUCAGUAAAUAUUAGCUAAUAGGAUUAAAAUAAUUCCUUGCCAACCUCAGAGACUAUGUUCUUGAAAGUCAGGGUAACUGGCAAAACCUCAACUGGCAAGAUCAAUCAUAAUCAAAUAACAAUUAAAUGAUCAAAUAAUAUCAACAAUCAACAUUAAAUGUAUCUUUUCAUAAAUAAAAUUCACUCUUUUAAAGUGUACAGUUGAGUGGUUUAAGCAUAUUCACAAAGUUGUGCAACCAUCACCACUAUUUGUUGUUGUUGUUAGGUGCCGUUGAGUUGGUUCCAACUCAUAGUGACUCCACGUGCGAUAGAAGGAAACCCCGCCCAGGCCUGCGCCAGCCUCACAGUCAUCGCUGUGUUUGAACCGGUCGUUGCAGUCACUGUGUCAAUUCGUCUCAUUGAAGGUCUAAAGUAUUUUUUAUCACCCCCAAAAGAAAUGCUGUUCUAUUAGCAGUCACUCACUCCCCAUUUUCCUGUCACCCCACCCCGUGGAAACCACUAAUCUGCUUUAAAUAUAUUUUUAAAACAUACUGAAUAAAAUUCCUAAAUGGCAUCCACUCCCAAAAGACCAGCUCUGGUAAGGUAACGCUUAUUCUGAAUCACCUUCAGCUGGCUGAGUUCUCCCAUAAGUUUUAUCUUACUCAGAAUGCAUCUAUUUUUAACAUUUUCAAGACAGCCCUUACCGGCUUAAAGGGGAAUAUUUUUGUACUUGCAUAUCCCCUAACAGGUGUGUUUUUCAGGAUUUGGUCUUCUAGGCACCUACUGAGAGAGUGGAGAAUAACAGAUUUUCUCUUCCACAGAAUUGCCCGUUCAACCUUGUAUAGAAAAUGGAGUCAUCUUUUUUUUUUGUUAUCUUUUGUUAUUUUAUUAUCUUUCUUUAAUUGUUAUUUUAUUGUUAUCUUUUUUUUCUUUUGGUUAAUGGGACUUAAAUGAAUUAUUCAUAUGUAAAAAGACGGUAAAUUUAAAAAUAAGACUAUAUAUUUAAUGUCAUUGAUUGUCGAUGUUAUUUGAUUGUUGCCAAUUGCCAAUCUUCCCAAUUAAAGUUUUGCCAAUUACUCUGACUUUCAAGAAUACAGCUUCUGCUAUAAAAUGAGGGAAGACUUUAACCCUAUUAGGUAGCAUUUACUGAGCGUUCACUUGGUAAAAUGUGAGUUUGCAAUAUGUUAUUGAGAAUUCUGAAUCAUGGGGCCCUUUAAAAAAAAACCACAAAAUUUACUUUGGUGGGCUGUAGAGAACAGCAGAAGAUGUCGGAGACAGAAGGGUUAACAAUUAUUAUUUCUGUUAUUAUUACCUAGAUUUUGCAACUGACUAGAUGGUCAGGAAGGAAGAAGAGAAUACUCAAAGAUAACUCAGAUUUUGAAACUGAGACUGGUGGUACAAUAAAUUGAAAUAGGAAAGCCAAGACACUAAGCUGCUUUAGGGAGAAAGAUGAGUUCUGUUUCAGUCAUGCUGAUUUUUAAGGAUGAGUCUAGGGCUCAGAGAUGCGGGCUCAGAGACACAGCUUUGGGAGUCACCUCUACAGAGGUUGUAUGUGUAGUCAUGGGCGUGAAUGGCUCACUUGGUAAGAAAAUAUACAGCUAGAAGAGAGCUGAAGACAGACCGUGGUGAUUGUUUACAUCUACAAGAGUGAGAAGAGGAAGAGAAACCAGUUGAGGCAAAAAAGUGGUCAGAAGGAGGGGAAGUAGGACAAUGCAGGGCCACAACAACCAAAGGAAAUACUACGUCAAGGAGGAUGUGGAUUGAGGGUAAGUCAGAAACGCGUGUUUAAUACACUCAACAGUGAGCUUUAAGAAAACGGUUUCAGUAGAGCGCUAGGGUAGAGGGUUGAUUACAAGGGGUUAAAAAUUCUGUUAUAAGAAGUAGAGAUUCAAACAAGUUACCUUAAGCAAAGAGGUAAGCUCACUUACCAACACACUUGUUGAGCCCAACUAUGGCAAGGCAUCAUGCCAAGCUCGGGAAUCUGGGGGGCACCAAAAAAAGACAGUGCUGUACUUAAUGUAACACAGCCACUCUCCAAGUUUAUUUCUCCCUACAGUUCCUCCUGAGGAGCCCUGGUGGUGCAGUGGGGAAGUGCUGGGUUGGCAGUUCAAAACCACCAGCUGCUCUACGGGAGAAAGAUAUGGUAGUCUGCUUCUGUAAGGUUAAAAAUAAAAAACCAAAACCUGUUGCCAUUGAGUCAAUUCCGACUCAAAGCCACCCUGUAGGACAGACUAGAACUACCCCAUAGAGUUUCCAAGGAGCGCCUGGUGGAUUCGAACUGCUGACCUUUUGGUUAGCAGCUGUUCUGUAACACUGUUGUUGUUGUUGGGUGCCAUCAAGUUGGUUCCGACUCAUAGCGACCCUAUGCACAACAGAACGAAACACUGCCUGGUCCUGUGCCAUCUUUACAAUCGUUGUUAUGCUUGAGCUCAUUGUUGCACCCACUGUGUCAAUCCACCUCGUUGAGGGUCUUCCUCUUUUCUGCUGACCCUGUACUCUGCCAAGCACGAUGUCCUUCUCCAGGGACUGAUCCCUCCUGACAACAUGUCCAAAGUAUGUAAGACACAGUCUCGCCAUCCUUGCCUCUAAGGAGCAUUCUGGCCUCACUUCUUCCAGGACAGAUUUGUUCGUUCUUUUGGCAGUCCAUGGUAUAUUCAAUAUUCUCUGCCAACAUCGUAAUUCAAAGGUGUUAACUCUUCUUCGGUCUUCCUUAUUCAUUGUCCAGCAUUCACAGGCAUAUGAUGUGAUUGAAAAUACCAUGGCUUGGUAUUUUCUGAAACUUGCUUCUGUAACAUUACAGCCUUGGAAAUCACAUAUGUCAGUUCUACCCUGUCCUACAGGAUCACUAUGAGUCAGAAUGGUCUAGAAGGCAACAGGUUUACGGUUCCUGUCUUUAUCAACUGACUCCCUCUACCCUGAAUCUCUGUUUCUUCUGCCUUCUGUUUAACUCUCAGUUCCUAGAUUUUGUUUCCUUGUAACUCCCCUUGCCGUGACUCUUCAUCCCAAACUACCUCAUGGCAGUCUGUGAGCUUUUGCUUCUACUGUCAAUUUCCUGAUUCUCUCAGUGUUUCCAGAUUCAAAUUCAGGAGAGGUUCUGAUUUAUCCAGAUCAUCGGGUUUUUUUUUUUCUUUUUUAAUUUUAUUGUGCUUUAGGUGAAAGUUUACAGUGCAAAUUAGUUUCUCGUUCAGAAAUUUAUACACAAAUAGUUUUGCGACACUGGCUGCAGUCCCUGCAUUGUGUCAACACUCUCCCCUUUCCCUUUCCACCCUGGGUUCUCUGUAUAUAGUUGUCCAGUUUUCCUGUCCCUUCCUGCCCUCUUGUCUUUGUUUUGGGCAGGUGUUGCCCAUUGGGCUUCGUAUACUUGAUUGAACAAAGAAGCACAUUCCUCACAUGUGUUAAUAUUUGUUUUAUAAGCCAAUACCUGUUGCUGUCAAGUUGAUUCCGACUCAUAGCAACCCCAUAUUAAUCUUUGGCUGAAAGGUGGACUUUGAGAGCGGCUUCAGUUCUGAGUUAGCAAGGUGUCCGGUGGCCAUAGUCUCAGGGGUUCUUCCAGUCUCUGUCAGACCAGUAAGUUUGGUCUUUUUUUGUGAAUUUGAAUUUUGUUCUACAUUUUUCUCCCACUCUGUCCAGGACCCUCUAUUGUCGUUGCGGUUGGCGGUAGUAGCCAGGUACCACCUAGUUCUUCUAGGCUCAGGCUGGUGGACACUGUGGUUUAUAUGGUCCUUUAGUCCUUCGGACUAAUAUUUUCCUUAUGCCUUUGGUUUUCUUCAUUCUCCUUUGCUCCAGAUGGGAUGGGACCAAUAGAUGUAUCUUAGAUGGCUGCUUGCAAGCUUUUAAUGCCCCAGACACUACUCACCAAAGUAGGAUGUAGAACAUUUUCUUUAUAAGCCAUGUUAUCCCAACUGACCUAGAUGUCCCCCAAGACAAUGGUCCCUAGCCUCAGACCCAGUAAUAACAAAAACUAAAAAAAAAAAAAAAAAUGAGGUAUCUGGCUUAAGUCAGAGCAGGCUUACGAUGGAAGCUUCAAGGUGUGUGGGUGUGUCUAUGACUUUUCCCAGAUCAUCUUUUUUCAUUAGACCACAUCUUGGGUUGUUGAACACUCUGUGGAAUGGGUCAGUUGCCCACCUCUAUUUUAAUCAGCUGUAGUCUAGGGGAGAGGGCAGUGGUACCUCUGUGGUAGAUUCUCACCUUCCUUGUGGGUGACCCAGGUCAAUUCCUGGCCGUUGCAGUUCAAGCACAGCCACCACUUGUCUGUUGUAGUGGCUUGUGUGUCACUAUAAUGCUGAACAGGUUUCAGUGGAGCUUCCAGACUAAGACAGACUAGGAAGACCUGGUGAUCUACUUCCGGAAAUCAGCCAAUGAAAACCCUAUGGUUCCAUCCUGUCAUGUAUGGGGGGGCCAUGAGUCGGGCUGACUCAGCUAACAACAACAGUCUGGGAUCGGAAGACUGGUAUGUGUAGGCCUGUCCUUUAGCGCCGACUAAGGGAAUGGCAGAGACUGAGUAGCAUGUCUAGAAAGUAUUGAGGAUGAAUCUUAGUCUAAAAAUUCAGGUGUGCAAGGAAUAGCACAUAGUAUUUUCUAUAACACUGCUUAAUAUUUACUUUAAGUCCCAAUUCCUGUGUACUAGAGAGAAGUUCAACUUGUAGUCUUUGGGGAGAGGCAUCCAUGCUGAUUACUGCUGAAUGCACGUUACCCGAUCUGGUCAAUUUGGUAAUGCUGUAUUGACGUCAAACUGAAAUAUCUCCAUCUCCUCCCUAUCCACAUAAAUAUACACACACAUUCUCACUUGACCUUCUCUAAUAGAAAUGUUGGAUAAAGUGUAAAAAAUAAUUUAGGUUUUGAUUUUUAAAUGGUGGGAUAAAAAAAGUAAUUUUUUUCUACUCUGAGAAAUUUAUCCUUCUUUAACUCAAAACUACAGAAAAUGAAAAAUGGACAAACUUUAUUUUCAAUGAAAUUAGAGACAUUUGUAUGCCUGGACUACAGCCUAUGAAGAAGGACUGCAAAAUAUAGUGAAGGUCAAACAGGAGUGUAAGAAAGGAUGCCUAGGGCUACAGAGCUUAUGCAAAGCUGGAGUGACACAGUUCUCCAAAGAAAGUGCCCCAUCUUGAGGGACAAGACAAACAAGUUUUUGAAUAAACGCGGAGCAAACAAGCUGGCUGAAGCAAGAGCUUCCCCACAGUCAUUUGUCACAAAGAUUAGAGAUAUAGAAAACGUGAAGUUGAACAUGGACAAACAAGUCAAAUUUGCAGAAGCAGUCUGUUGGUGAGACAGAGUGGAAGAGACAGACUGCAUUGUGAGCAACCCUGCUGUGCUGAUCGAGGGGAACUGGAAGGUUUCUAAGGACUCACAUAUACAGCCUCAAAUAUGGCCCUGUCUCCACACUCACACAAGCCUCCUGCAAAUAGUUGAUUGAGAAAGCACUCAUCUCAAAGACGUUUAAAAAAAUAAAUAGCGUCUAUAAAAAAGGAUAGGAGAAAAUGUCCAGAGCACAGUGCAGAGAGCUAUGGGGUUAGAGACCUCAAGGAGGAUUAAGAGAAAUGGAGACUAAGUGAGAAACUCUGAUAUUUUUCUGAGAAUGAGUUUCAGAAAAAGAGACUAGAGAGAAUGAUGGAGAGGUAGUGGCACAGCAUUCAAAGAGAAAAUGGCUAUAUUAGGUCCAGACAGGUAAGACCUCGCUUUGAGGAGAUCAGGUGUCAGGGAUAAGGAACACAUGCUAGGUGGGAAACUAUGAAGCAAAGGUCUAGGGACUCAAGUCAAUGCAUUUGGACAGAAAGAAGUCAGAAUCUGGGUAUGGGAGGAGAGCCAUAGAAAUAGUCGUUAAUGAGAAUGGAAUCUGACAACGGGAUGAAAGAUUUUACCUAUGGCUAGAAUAGAUCUGAAUAUGACUGGGCCUUUUUUAAGCCCCUUAGAGACAAAUGCAAACUUCUAACUGGGAACAGGGGUAGGAAAUGAGGACUAAUGCAGUUCUAGAUACAGGUAACCCCUGACUUAGUACAGAAUUCCGUACUGACAACUCUGUCGUAAGUCAGUUCUGACAUACGUUGGAUACCUCAUUUUUUUUCCUUUUAGUUUUCAUUAUUAUUGCCUUUUAUUAUCAGUGGAAACCCUGGUGGUGUUGUGGUUAAGGGCCAUGGCUGCUAACCAGAAGGUCGGCAGUUUGAAUCCACCAGGUGCUCCUUGGAAACUAUGGGGCGGUUCUGCUCUGUCCCAUAGGGUCGCUAUGAGUCAGAAUCAACUAGACAGCAACGAGUUUAUUAUCAAUAUCUUUAUACAUCCAAUCUUUGUCUGCUUUUGUGGGGUGUCACAAGAAUCAGCAAAUCACAUGCUGCAACACUAUGUGCAUAGUACAUAUAGACUAACAGUAAGAUAUUAAAAAAACAGAAUGGUCCUAAGUUCGCUUUGUCAUAGCUCGGAAAUGUCCUAAGUCAGGGAGUACCUGUGCUCAAUUAUGUACAGCAAAUGGAGACAGCUCUGGCCUUAGGGUUAGAAGUCUUUCAAUUCCCCUGAUUCUACUAUUGACUUGAGUGUCAGAGGAAGUUGGUAAAACUCUGAGCUUCAGUUUCCCUCUCAAAAGCAGAAUGAGUAAGCCCUGGACCAGCCCUCAGGAACUCUGCUUCUGAAUGAUUCUUCUGUCUAUAUUUGUUUUAAGUUUUUCAGCUUCCAGAGGAAGAUGACAUAGAAAUUACAAAAUAGUAUGUGUACAUUUAAUAUUUCCUUUUUUUUCAUAAUAAUCUUCCUCCCUUUUAUCUGCCUAAGUCUGAUCUUUCAAGUCCCAUCUUAGACCUCCCUCCUACAAGUUUCCCCUCACCACACCCCCCCAGUCAACAGCCAGGGGUUCAUUUAUUAUGUUCCUCUGAAACAUACUUAUCUCUGUCAUACAAAUUACCCUCCUACGUGGAACUUCAUCUCAGUUCCAAUUUUUAUUCCCCAGGAUCACUGCCUGCUAGCUUUAGCACCCAGGGGAGGGUGCAUGCUGGGAAAAAUGAGUGGUUAAUGAUAUCAUAUUAUGACGCUGACUGAGAAAUCUGAGUGAUCUUCCAAUUCUGAGUACAUGAUUUCUAGAAAACAAAAAAAUAAGGGUAACAAGUAGUAGAACAGAAGUUGGAAGUAAAACUUUCAAGUGAUACUGGGGAAAGUGGGAAGAAGAAGGGACAAAAUAUAUUCCUUUGAGUACUCCUUUCCAUGCCUUGGCUCUAUAUUAAAAUUUAAAUACUGUUGGGAGUAGUAGUAAACUAUGAUGCUAGCAAUGGCAAUUUUACUCUGGCUGCUCCAAUUUUCAGCUUCUUUAGGAAUGGGGCCCAUGAUCCUGGAGUGCUGAAGUGGACAGCAAGAAAGUGCAACUCAUUUUAGCUGUUCCUUUCCAAAGGUACCCUCCACCUCCUCUACCAUGGAUUCAGGCAGCUAUGUUGAAAUGAAUGAUACAGUAACCCAGAUACACUCUAAAGUGCAGAUACAAGAUAUCACUAAGGAGCUACACUGCCCACUGUGUCAUGACUGGUUCCGUGACCCACUGAUGCUAAGCUGUGGCCACAACUUCUGCCAGAUCUGUAUCCAAAACUUUUGGAAGCAGCAAGCAAAGGAAACCUUCUGUCCUGAGUGUAAGAUGCUAUGUCAAUAUAGCAACUGCACAUUCAACAUAGUAGUGGAGAAGCUGGUAGAGAAGAUUAAGAAGCUACCCCUGCUCAAGGGCCAUCCACAGUGCCCAGAACAUGGCGAGAACCUGAAACUGUACAGUAAACUGGAUGGGAAACUGAUCUGCUUUCAAUGCAAGGAUGCCCGGUUGUCUGUGGGACAGUCUAAGGAGUUCCUGCAGAUCUCCGAUGCUGUCCAUUUCUUCACGGAGGAGCUUACCAUCCAUCAGAGUCAACUGGAGGCAACCCUGAAGGAGCUUCAGUCUCUGAGGAACAUGCAGAAAGAUGCUAUUGCUGCUUACAAGGACAUCACAACUCUCUUGGAGAGCUUGGAGCAAGGAAUGAGGGUGCUGACACCUAGAGAGCUUAUCUCCAGAAAGCUGAGCCUGGGCCAGUUCAAAGGCCCUAUCCAGUACAUUAUGUGGAAGGAAAUGCAGUCCACCCUCUCUCCAGGCCUAUCUCCAUUAACUCUGGACCCUAAAACAGCCCACCCAAAUCUGGUGCUCUCCAAAAAUCGAACCAGUGUGUGGCAUGGUGACAUCAAGCAGGUAAUGCCCGAUGAUCCAGAGCGGUUUGACUCAAGUGUAGCUGUGCUGGGUUCAAAAGGCUUCACGUCUGGAAAGUGGUACUGGGAAGUAGAAGUAGCAAAGAAGACAAAAUGGACAGUGGGAGUCGUCAGAGAAUCCAUUAUUCGGAAGGGCAGUUGCCCUCUAACUCCUGAGCAAGGAUUCUGGCUUAUAAGACUAAGGAACCAAACUGAUCUAAAGGCUCUGGAUUUGCCUUCUUGCAGUCUGAAACUAACGGACAACCUCAACAAGGUGGGCAUAUACCUGGACUAUGAAGGAGGGCAGGUGUCCUUCUAUGAUGCUAAAACCAUGAACCACAUUUACACCUUCAGUAGCACUUUCAUUGAGAAACUUUAUCCCUACUUCUGCCCCUGCCUGAAUGAUGGUGGAGAGAAUAAAGAACCAUUGCAGAUCUUACAUCCACAGUAAUUAGUUAUACUGUUAUAGUAAUUCAGAAUGUUAUUAAAGAAGGUUUUGAAAUAGUUUACCAGUCUCUCUAGUUUCUCUUCUCAAUUUAUGGAGAAGGAUGAAUAACGAAAAGAGAGAAUCACAAACUGAAUUCAAUUCUCAAUGUCCUAAAUAGAUUUCCAGAGCCUUUCAAGAUGUCAUUGUAAUUCUCUGGGGUCUUCCAUGACACAAGAUUGACUCUCAUGAGACUGAUCACACUCCUGUUACUGGAGCAAACCGCAUCUUGAGUUUGUAAUGCUCAGGAACGCUUUGCAAAUGUGCUCAGAAAUUCUAUGCUGUCAUUAGUUUCCAGAAUAAUGACUCAUAGCAGACGAAUUUUCACGUGUCCUCUUUUUAUUUACACAUCCUCUUUAUACAAGUUUUGCAUCUCAUUUCUUUUCUAGAAUUUAUGGUAUUUUUAAAAGACUGCUCUAGGGCUUUAUAGAAAAAAAAGUCAGAAAUGGUCUCAGUUAAUUUAUAAUCUUGUCUUUUCUGAAGAUACUUUUUAGUCUAGUGAAUCUCUUUCUUCCUUUCUCAGAUCUUUUUUCCUGUUUAAUCUAUCUAUGAUGGGUUGUUUUUUACAGGGGCACUUGUCCUUCUGUAUUCAAAUAUGUUUAAGUAUUCCCAUCGACUUAUUUUUGUGGUAAAAUAUAGAUAACAUAAAAUUUGCCAUUUUAACCAUUUUUAAGUGUAUAAUUCAGUGGCAUUAAUUAUAUUCAUAAUGCUGGGCAAUCAUUGCUGCUAUCUCUUCCCAAUUUUUUUCACCACCCCAAACAGUUGGAAUCAACUCGACGGCAAUGGGUGUGGGUUUGGUUUUUGGACCUAAAACAGAAACUUAGUAAGCAAUAACUCCCCAUUCCACUACCACCCUAAGCCCCUGGUAACCUCUAGUCUACUCUCUGUCUCUAAGAAUUCUAGAGAUAGGAAUCAUAUAAUAUCCAUCUUUUUGUUUCUGGCUUAUUCACUUAGCAUAAUAUUUUCAAGUUUCAUCCAUGUUGUAUUCUUUAGCAGAACUUUAUUUCUUUUUAUGACUGAAUAAUAUUGCAUUGUAUGAAUACACCACCUUUUGUUUAUCCAUUCAUCUGUUGAUGGACACAUGUUAUUUCUGUCUUUUGGCUAUUGUGGAUAAUGAUGCAAUUAAUAUUGGUGAACAGGUAUCUGUUUGAGUUCCUGGUUUUUGAUUCUUCUAAGUGUCGAACUGGAAUUACUGGGUCAUGUGGUAAUUCUACGGGAAACCCUGGUGGCAGAGUGGUUAAGUGCUAUUGCUGCUGACCAACAAGUCGGCAGUUCAAAUCCGCCAGGUGCUCCUUGGAAACUCUACAGGGCGGUUCUACUCUGUCCUAUGGGGUCACUAUGAGUCGGAAUCAACUCGAUGGCAGUGGGUUUUUGGUAUGGUAAUUCUACAUUUAACUUUUUGAAGAAGUGCCCAACUGUUUUUCACAGUGGCUGCAUCAUUUUACCUUCCUACCAGCAAUGCAUGAUGGUUCCAAUUUCUCCACAUCCUGACUAACACUAGUUAUUUUCUACUUUUCUGAUAAUAGCCAUCCUAGUGGGUGCGAAGUGGUAUCUCGUUGUGGUUUUGAUUUGAAUUUUCCUAAUGAUGUUGAGCAUCUUUUCAUGGGCUUAUUGGUCAUUUGUAUAUCUUCUUUGGAGAACUGUCUAUUCAAGUCCUUCGCCCUUUUUAAAACUGGGUUGCCUUUUGCUGUUGAAUUGUAAAAGGUCUUUCUAUAUUCUAGAUAUUAAGCCUUUACUAGAUACAUGAUUUGUGAGUAUUUAUCUUUUUUGUUCUCUUGAUAGUGUCCUUUGAUGCAUUCCAUCUAUUUUUGACUGUGCCCUUUUUCAAUAUUCCUGCCUAUAAUUUAAAUAUUAGUAUUUUUCAUCUCGUCCUCUCUAAUAUAGCCAUACUCCAGCUUGUUGCUUUUUUCUAAGGUUCUUAACAUCUUUGAUCUCAGAUGCUAUCUCAAAACUGUCCCUAUUUCCUUUCCUUGGAAGUCCCCUUAUAAUUGGGCUUCAUUCUCUAUAUCUGACAGCUUUUUUUUAGGACCUGCAGAGCUGGUCCUCAAAAAUUCCAAUUAGCAGGGCUCUUUGGCAGGACACAUAUCCCGUAUUCCAUCUACUAUUAUUGGGACAGUAAUGCAUAUACUACGGGUAAUAUGCAUGUACCUUCAGCAUGUACAGUGUGCCUGCAUUUACAGCUGCACGGGGGAAACAGCCAUGACGUGAUGAUGCCUACAUUUAAGAACUGAUUUCUGUUCUUUAAGGAAUUCAUUUCAAUUAGAAUUUAAUUAGGAUCUAUUUUGUGCCUGGAACCUUGCUAGAUGUUUUAAAGGAUAUAAAAAGCAUAAAGUGGGGGAAAGGGGGCGCUAGUGGGGAGAGGAAAGUAAUCUGACUAAAAAUUAAUGCACUCUAAGGUAUGAUAAGUGAUAGUUGGACAGUAUUAUUCUCAGGAUGCAAUGGUUCUGAAUCGGGCUACACAUGAAGUUCACCUGGGGGGCUUUUAAAAAAAUUCGUAUCCCUGGACCAAUUAGAUCAGAAUCUCUAGCUAAUGGGACCCAGGCCUUUGUAUUUUCUAAAACCUUUCAGUGGUUCUCACGUACAGCAAGGGCAGAGAACCACCAAACUAAGGAGCAUGUGUUCCUUUUCUUUAUUAUUUUGUUUUGAAACAUUUCAAAUUUCCAGGAAAGUUGCAUGUAUUCUCCACCUGGCUUCCCUGAUUGUUAGCAUUUUGUCAUAUAUGCUUGCUUUCUCUCCUCCACACGUGCCCCGUAUGAAUGUGUGUGUAUAAUUAUCACUAAUAUCAUUUUUGCUGAACCACUUUAGAGUAAAUUGCAGGCAUCAUAAUCCUUUAUCCCUAAAUAUAUCAGCAAAUAUCGCCUAAGAACCAGUAUAUUCUCUUACAUAAUCACAGUUCUAUAUUAUCAAAUUCAAAAAGUUUCGCACUGAUACAGUACUAUUAACACAGUCCAUAUUCAAUAAGGAUAUAUUUCUAAUGGUGGGGUUUUAGGCACGGUGGUAAAGAAUUUCAAGUAGUAUGACGAAGAUAAUGGGAGAUAUAAUAGGGUCUACUUGAUACCUCUUAAAUCAUAUAGAGUUCUAGAUAACUGAUAUGUAAAGUCUGUCUUAGGAACAGACAAGUGCUACAGAGUUCAGAGAAAGGGAUAUCAGUGUUCAUCAGAACAAGAAGGGAAAAUUCUAAGGAAAAGUUGUAAGUUGGGGACAGUAAAAGAUUAAUAAGAAUGAAUAUAAAUUCUCACCAAAAUUAGAAAAUAUACUUUUAAAAAAUAAAUGAUUUGUGGUGAUAGUUGCAUAAGUGUAUAAAUACACUAGAAAUCAUUGAACUGUACGUCUACAGUGGGUGAAUUUUAUGCAAAGUAAGUUACGCCUCCAAAAAGCUGUUAAAAAAAAAGAAUAACUGAAUGUUUUAUUCAGAUCACCCGGGGAACAAUUAUAGACCCCAGGGGUACAUAUAUUUUCCACUCUCUAUAACCCAGACCCAAAACCUGUUGCCAUCAAGACAGUUCUGAAUCAUAGCGACCCUAUAGGACAGAGUAGAACUACCCCAUAGAGUUUCCAAGGAGCACCUGGUGGAUUUGAACUGCCCACUCUUUGGUUAGGAGCUGUAGCUCUUAACCACUACACCACUUUAAUACUUUUUCUGACUUGCCCUCUCAGCUCUCCAGCAUUUGUCUUAACUUGGAUGACACAAAUUUCUUUUCCCGAAGUUUCCCCCAGGUAAUUGUUUAUUCUGCACUGAAUAGUUUGAACCGUACCUCUGCUUAGAACUCAGAUUAUAAUUAAAGGAAGAAAACUUCUAAUGAUUAUGAAUUAUAAAACACCA